UCUAAAUUAAUCAAGCUGAAAAAUUGAUAUGUAAUAUUAAUCUGGUUGAAUUUCAAUCAAUAUCGCACAUAUUUGAUGAUUAAAAUUGCAUUGUAACACGGUUGGUUGGCUUCGUCGUGGUCCAUUGAACAUAACCUAGGUAAGGCUGAUGAUGAUUAUAUAACGAGUGACGUUACUCAACUGUAUUACUUUGGAAUAAACUGACUGAUUUAUUUACCACGAUGGCGGGAAUACGCGAAAGAAGCGUUUGUGUCGAGCUCGCAAUGGAGGGAGAAAGACUUUGUAAAUCUGGCGACUGUCGAGCUGGAGUGCAAUAUUUUGAAGAGGCUGUGAGACAAGGCACAGAGGAUCUGAAGACACUCAGCGCAAUCUACAGUCAGCUGGGCAACGCAUAUUUUUAUCUGCAGGAAUAUCAUAAAGCUAUGGAAUAUCAUAACCAUGACAGAACCUUGGCAAGAACUACCGGAGAUAAAAUAGGUGAAGCAAAAGCAAGCGGAAAUCUGGCUAACACUCUCAAAAUGCUCGGAAAAUUUGAAGAAGCUGUCGCUUGCUGUGACCGACAUCUUGAGAUAUCAAGAGAAUUGAAAGACAAGGUGGGGGAAGCUCGUGCUCUUUACAACCUGGGCAAUGUUUAUCACGUUCAAGGGAAACAAGGUCUGAACAGCAGAGCGAUCGAUCGUCCCCCCCAACACCCGGAAGAAGCCGUAGGGUUAAUGAGAAAAGCAAUAAAAUAUUACGAAGACAAUCUGGCAAUCGUGAAAGCUGUAGGCGAUCGAGCAGCACAAGGACGAGCGUACGGGAGUCUUGGAAAUACAAACUAUCUACUGGGGAACUACAGGGAUGCCAAUAUGUUUUUCUCUCAGAGAUUGGCCAUUGCGAAAGAAUUCGGGAGACAAUCAGCAGAGAGACGAGCGUACAGUAAUCUUGGAAACGCACACGUGCUGCUUGGAGAAUAUGAAAGUGCUGCCGAGUUUUAUAAACGAAUGCUUAACGUAGCACGACAGUUAAAUGAUCGAGCGGUAGAAGCCCAAGCAUGCUACAGUCUCGGGAAUACUUACACAUUGCUGGGAUACGAGCAAGCUGUUGAAUAUCACAUGAAACAUUACUUGAUCGCUCAGGAGGUCAAAGACAGAGUUGGUGAAUGCAAGGCAUGCUGGUCUCUUAGUAACGCUCACAUCUCCCUUGGCAACCAUGAGCAAGCUCUCGAGUUCACGAAAAAGCAAUUAUCUAUUUCUACAGAGGUUGGGGACAUGACAGGACGAGUCACAGCUGAAAAUAAUUUGAGAGAGCUGAUGUAUGUGAUGAGCCAUGAUAAGGGAAAGAAAUUGUCAGAUGAUUCCGAUGGCCGAAGAGGGAAACGCAUCCGUCGUACAAGCAUGGAAAAUAUGGAGAUACUAAGAUUAACACCUGAGCAAGCCAAGGCAAUGGAAGCAGCUCGAGCCCGCAAAGACAGAUCAGGCAGUGCAAAGGAUUCCACAAGCAAAUCAUUGUUCAGAGACGCCAGACCUAAAACCAAUAUGGGUCACGGUAGCGGAGUCAUUGAUGCCAAAGACGUCGAUAUCAAUCUGCAGAACCAAAGGAAGAUCUCGCCAGACAUGCUGGAGGAUGACAAUUUCUUUGACCUUAUCACAAGACUUCAAGGUCGUAGGAUGGACGAUCAACGAUGUGAAAUGAGAGACGACCAAUAUGAGUUACCUGCGUUUUUAAGACCUAACCCCCCAGAUCCCCCCUCAAAUCAUCACCCUGCAGCGAAUGGGGCAGUUGGGGGACGUGAGCCCAUUGGGAAUGAUGGGGACGGCCAACAUCAGCAAAUUUCAACAAUGAUGAAUAUGUUAGCAAACUCACAAUCGAAACGCAUGGAUGAGCAAAGGGUAAGUCUCUCUGGACUUCCUGGGUUAAGGGUCAACGAUGGCAUCAACGGCGAAGGUGUUAUCAAUCUGCAACAACCAGAUGGCGCUGCAGCUCCAUUACCAGUGGUUCUUCGACCAAGACUGGAAAAUGGUGGAAUACCAGGAAAUGAAAACAGACAUUCACUUGAUGACACAUUUUUUAACGCUCUCAUGAGAUGCCAGAGCACGAGGUUAAACGACCAGCGCUCGUCCCCUCCGAUAUUCGACGCUCCGGUGCUGCCAACGCCCACUAUCCCAGACGAAGAUUUCUUUGCAUUGAUUGUUCGAAUGCAAUCGUCAAGAAUCGAGGACCAGCGCUGCCGUUUCAGUCCAGAACGGGAAUCCCCUCCUAAUGUGGACCCCGAUAAUGACGACAUAUCACAAUAAAUGUGGGACAUAUUUUGAUGCCCACUGUGGCACUAAGCUGAAUUUGGUUGUUGUAAAUCUGUUCCGUGGCAUUUUUGUGAUGCCUUGCAAUGUUUUUUACUCAAUGGCAUCAGAUAUGUGCCAUGCCACUUGGCAUGCCGCACCUCUCACCUUGCUGUGUUUUAGAUAGUGGCAUUACAUGAGAACCAUGGCGCCUACCAAGCGGCAUCGAAUAGCCACCAUUGCUUUGUUCAUUGUGUUUUUAAACAAUGACGUUUAAAAUUGUGGCAUCUACUGUGUGGAAUCUAAACAAACCAUGCCACCUACUAGCGUGGCAUGAAGAGGAUUAUUUUCAUUGGAAAGACGCUCACUGCCCUGAGACUUUGGAGACACUGAGGCAUUCAAUGAUGCCUCGAAAUGAAUUUGAUGCCCCGUUUGAAUGCCAUGCUGCCAUAGUAAAUAUCAUCCAACUAUGGGUUGGGGAUUGACCUCCCAUUUUCUUUGUCAUGGUUAAGAUGCCGCUAACUUCCUAGGCCACCAUUGAAGAUGUUUUUGCUGCCAUGUAGUAAUUUUAUUUCUAAUUAUGUCACGCUUGAGCUAACAUUGUGCAGUUGUAGAAAUGAAAUAUUAAUUAUGCAUCAUAAAUACAGUGCUUGAAAUAAGCCAUUAAUUGUGAAGUAACCAACUACGGUCAGGUCUGUGAAGUAGGAAGAAAUUUACGCACUGACUUAAAAAAAUAUUUCGCAUGUAUGUAUAGUUAUUAGCCUCAAAAUUUGAAAGCGCCCGCAUAAUUGAUUAAAAAUUAACAAGGUCUUAACUGGCCUAAGACUCAGUUGUCUGACAUCUAUUUUUCACUAACAGAACAACGGUGAAAGACUACCAUGUUGAAAUGGGACAAUACACAUGGAAAUAUAGAAGUAAAACUCAAGCGCAGUGGUUCCCAAGUGGGGGCCAUGUAACCCCCCAAAAGGGCCACAAAGCAAUUGUAGGGGGGCCACAACGUUAGGCUCAAAACUGAUCUUCUUUCAAUAUCAAUAAACUAAAAUCGCAAAAAUUUUUGAUACAUUUAAUAUCAUGAAAAAAAAACUUGCCAAACUCUGAAAAUUUAGGAUGUGCUCCCAAACACUUUGGACUACAAAAACUUCUGGCAUAUUCAGGCCUUAAAGCUCCGAAUAUCGAAUGAUCCGAAUAUCUACUUCCAGACCCAUAAAGUGGAGGGUUUCAAAAUAUCGAACAUCAAUGAAAUUGUGUCAAACUCUCACCCUACAGGCUGGCCUUCAUUACUAACAUCGGUGAAAAAAUUUAAUAAUUAAAACUUACAACUCUUCUACACAUUAGCUGCUUUAAUAGUUUUUUAUUUCAACUUUGUGUCUGUUUAUUAAGUUUAGUUAAUUCCAGUACUAUUUCUCUGCAUAAUCAUUGAGGUGUGACUGGCCAGAAUAAUCUAAUGCUAAUGUAAAGGUGUCAGUGCUGCUAUUUUCACAAACUCCCUUAUUUUUGAUGUUGAAUCACACUGAAGUUAACUUGACCUCUUUUUUAACUGCUGCAAAGUUUUUUUAUGUGAAUAUUGUUUCAGAUUUCAUUUCUAUGAUCGUAAUUUUCAAAAAUCAGAAUUUG